UUCAUCCGCCCACGCUGUUUCGCUAUUGCUGCCCUCUCUUCUUUUAUAUGCCCUUGAUAAUGUAUAUUCGUGCAUGCAUGCAGAUCAAAGCCGGGCUAAACUGCAUGGCCGUACCAUACGAUCAAGAAAUGUUCGGGGUGAUGAUUCAGAGUCAAGUCAACCAAUAAUUAUUGAUGAGACAACAGAUUCCGAGUACAUUACAAAUCCUAGAAAGGAUCCUCCACAUGUUUGUUCUCCUGUAAAGAACUCUACUACCUUGCCGCGAGGUUCAGAAGUCAUAAAUGAACUCCGCACACAAUUCAAUGAUUCAAACUCUGAUAAGGAUGGUCUUAUAAUUACUGAUUCAAAGCAGCAGGAUACCAUAAAGGCCAGAUGCCUCGACUUUGUUAACAACCACAGUGACGUUUGGAUGUCCAAGAUACUGUGUCGAUGCUGCACUCCGACUACUAGCAAGGAGAGGAGAAAAUAUAAUAAAUUGUUUUUCUUUUAUAUGAUUACUAUCUUCACACUCAUUUUUGCUGUUACAACAAUCUUCACCACAAUACUCAUAGACCAAGAAUCAGAAAGUUUUGAUGGUUCAGUACAUAUCACUCAACUGAUCCAGCAAUCAGUACUACCUAUAGCUCGAGUCGGACCGAAUGUAAAGCAGCUAGCAAUCAAUGAGAUCACUAAUACUAACAUCUCAAUUCACUUCAACAUCAACAAUUGUGAUGAUAUCAGAAAAGAAAAUACCACAAUAUACGAGGAAGGAAUACUCACUCCAGAAGAAAAUACUCCAAUUUAUGAGCUCUAUGCACCAUAUAACGUUUCUCUGAGGUUGCAAAUUCAAGUAGCAGCAGACUAUAAAAGCUCGGAAUGCCCAGUUGUUUUGGUAGUUUUUGACAAUGUCGAUGAAUACAAAUCCUUUUUGCACAAUGGAUCUUGGAUGUUCACCUAUAUGGAGUACUGCAUUAAAAAUGAUAAUUACCCGAUCGGUAUCAUGCUUGCAGAAAAUAGUUAUUAUUUUUUUGGCGUCCAUUUUAAAGCCAACUCACAUGUCAUGAGCAACAUAACAUAUCGUAUCAAUGGUCGGAAUGAGGAAUACUCAACUAGCUCGUUUACAAGCCUUUGCUCAAUAACAACUAUAACAGAGUGCAAUCACAACUUCGACAGUUUUGUGAACAGACCAGAAUUGUGUAUCAUAGGAGUUGUUCCCAAACGAAACACUAGUGAUGUAGUAAGGAAAUCAGAAAUCCAGUAUUCGUAUUCAAUAUUCUCAUCAUUUGCUUUGUGGCUACUACUGAUACUACUGAUUACAGUAUUUGUUCUGUUGCUUUUAGUGCCCGUGGCAAUCUUAUACAUUAAGAAGCUAAAAAGUAGCAAUAGAGUUCGUGUCAUGUAA